CUUCCUUCCUUCCUUCCUUCCUUCUCAUCUGUAAACAUAGUUCAUCAAUCAGUUUAGACUUGCUUCUUCUCUCUACGCCUCGAGAUAAGGGCAGGCGGGGCCGCGAGCGGCGAGGGGCGGCGUGUGGGAAAAAAGUACCUGGCUCGAGCGGGGCUCGCUGCAUGAGAGCGUGCGAGUCGAGUGAGCCUGUGUUGGUUGUCUAGGCCUCGUCGUCGAUUGAUAAGGAGGUGGCAGCAUCCCACGCCGCUCCUCCCUUCAUCUCCUCCUUUGCUUCCCAUCUAGACCAUCCAGUCCUUCAUACCACCAGCAUGUCCAUCACCCUCUCCCCCCUCCCCGCACAGAAUCUCCCAGGCGCUCCAGCCCGCGACCUCGACCCAGACUUUGGUCGCAUCGCCUCGGGCGUGGACCUCUCGCAGCUCACGCCCGAGACCUUUGCAGCGGUCCGCGAGGCUCUAUACAAGCAUUCUGUUCUCGUAUUCCCCAAGACGAAGCUGAGCCCUGAGAAGCAAUACGAGUUGACGCAGCUAUUUGACCCGAGCUCGACGAGCUAUGGGCAUGGCAACAAGGGAAGACAAGAGAAGAGCAUCUUGCAUCCUGAUCUCAAGACAAUCCCACGGCAGCCGCAAGUGCAAGUCAUCGGCAACGGCUUUGUCAAGGAGCACGAGGGCUUGAAGGACAUCCAGCUCAAGCACCCGCAUCACGCCACUUUCCACAAGACCAAGAUCAGCGACGAGGAUGACCAUGACUAUACGAGGUUCUAUCGCUGGCACAUUGACUCGGCCCUGUACGACCUCUCGACGCCUCGCGUCACCUCCCUCUACGCCAUCAACGUUCCCAAGGGACGCACGCAGACGCUGCGAUACGACGAUGGAUCAGGAGACGAGCUGCAAGUGCCGCUGGGCACAACGGCUUUCGUCUCUGGUAUCGCCCUCUUCGAGAACCUCCCGCCAGCUCAGAAGUCUCUCGCCGUCCGCAGCAAAGUGCGAUACGCCCCGCAUCCCUACGUAUGGAUGAGCAAAGCGAAAUCCAACUCUCUGGGUCUCGGCCUCGUCAGCGAGGAUGCCGAGCUUCCCCUGGACCAGCUCCCCGCCUGGUCAGAAGAAAAGGUCAAGGUCCUCCCUAUGCUCUGGAAGAACGAUGUAACAGGGAAACUCCACCUGCAAGUGCACCCUUCCGCCAUACAAGAGCUGCUCAUCUCUCCCAUCCCAUCCGGCUCACCGAGACCGGAGGACGCCCUCUAUCCUGAUGGGGCGCACGUUACAGAUUUGAAGCAAGUGCGAGAGAUCGUGUACGGACUGCAACGCCCCGGCUUUGCCCCACCCAAGGUGUAUGCGCACGACUGGGCAGAGGGGGAUAUGUGUCUCUUCCACAACCAGGGGGUCAUACAUAGCGUUGUGGGGGCUUUUGCGCCUGAUGAGGUCAGAAUCUUCCGACAGUGCAACCUGGCUGCGAGUAGCGAUCCGGUCGGGCCGAGCGAGGAGGAUGUGAAACGUUGGGCAUGAGACGUGGUUGUGUGCGCGGCUGUGAAUACCAUACGAUGGCCGAGCGCUUCUGCUUCUUCGCAAGAUUGAAUAGGCUUUCCCCGCACCCAUUACCCGCUCGCUCGCACGCGACAUUCACGGCAAACGCCCUCGCUCCGGGCCGCGGCGGCGUCCCACCUCGCCGAGAGGAAAAUCUCUUAUCUUUCGGGCACACGGCCAGUCUUCCCCACACGACGUACGAGGAUGUACGGGCGACAUGAGGUGGCCUGGGCGGGCGGCUGCAGGACUGAAGUGAGCCUGCAGCCCCUUCGCCGAGCGUGAGCG